AUGGCUUCAACACUCACAUCACACACCAGGACGCUGCCAUUCUUCUCAGUCUAUUGUGCAUUGUUCAGUGUCCCAUACUACUCACAAAGCCCAUUCAUUCAAAAAGAAGGUCUCAUCCAAAAAACAGGUAUGUCAUCCUACUUCCCAGCAUCCCUCUACCACUCACAAAACACCCCCUUGCCAUGCUUAUCCAAAAAAAAGAACACCCCCUCGCUGUGCCUUAUCAAAAAAACAAAAGAACACCCCCUCGCCAUGCUCAUCCAAAAAAAAGGUCGUGGCAUCCCUCUACCACUCACAGAACACCCCCUUGCUGUGUCUCAUCCUACAAAAGAUAAUAAGACUCAGAUGGUGAAGACCAAGCAGACAGCUAAGAAGACCACUGGGGGUAGAGCUCCCAGGGUAUCUCUUGCUGGUCUGAAAGCUAGGGAAAAACAUGCUGCCAAGUCAAGCAAGGCCCAUGCUAGGAAGGCCCCUGUUGCCAAGAAGAGAAGGAUGAGGAACUUGGCAAAGGUCACCCAGCUUCCUGUGACCUUCAGGUGUGUUUCCUGUCAUUGGAAAAUGACAAGAUUUGAAAGUCCUCAGCCCUAUUUUGGCUUCUACUUGUCAGGCAAGCCAGUCCUGAAACACCCUCUUGUGGUCAUUGGGGGGUUUGAACAUGCCACCACCUCUGAAGUGGCUGGUAACUCUACUGCCAUUAUCCACCUCCACCUUGAGUCUCUAGAGCUUGGCCAUGCCCCUGUGCAUAUCCUUCACACCAUGUUGCAGGGAUAUUUCAGACAAGACACCUACCACUUCUCACAACUGCCCUUCAACUUUGCCACUGAGGAGUCCAGAGCUGCCUAUGACACUGCAGCAUCAAAGCUAGCUUCAAGUCUGACUACCUUUGCUAAGGCAGUCAUUUUCCUUACUACCCAUACUGAUGAAGACAGGGGGGAUCUGUUCUCUGGAAUGGAGAAUAAGGUUCCAAUAGCCACAGAGGUCUUUGAGUUGCAGUUUCUGCAAGGCCUUCUGUUACCCCUCUCCAACAUUGUCAAGGGUGGAGACCUCAUCUUCUUUGUAUGUGGUUCUACUGUAAGGAAGGAGCAGAGCUUCCAAGGACUGAAGGCAGCUGUGCAACAUUUCAAGCCAAGGUCCAUGUUGCUUUUUAAUGCUGAGAGACUUCAACUAGUCACCACCAUUCCCUUCCUCAUGAGUGUCCUUGACUCCACCCUUGUUCAAGGCUUCCAUGUCCAAAGUGCAGUCAGGCACUCCAACAUCAUCCUGAUGUUGUGGCAGGAGAAGGUAGUGGUGGAGAAAUUUGUCUGGACUGACAAGUUCAUCAGGCCUUGGGGACAACAAUUGCCUGCCCAGUGCCCUCAGUGUUAUAGCAUUCAGAAGUGGGAAGCUGGUUGUUCAGGGCAGACUUAUUCCUAUGAGUGCAAGAAUCCUGGCUGUGGGAAGGACACACAAGGCACAUCUCAGCCUCCCCAAACCUAUACUAUCUGCAUGUCCAAAGGGGCUACCAAACUGACACAGGGAAAGGGGCAAACAUCAUCCUGGCUGUUGGAAUCUUUGUAA